AGACCAGAGGAUGAGGAAGCAGGGAGAAGUAGUUUCAUCUUAUGCUUAAUCUUUUUAAUUCGAUCAUAGUGAUGAAGUAAAGAUUAAACUUUUUUCUUCCUCUUCUGUUGUUUUCUUAUACUCAAUUCACGUAAUUCAAUUUUCUUUACGAUUCAUUUCCGCUGUUUGAAUCUGUAUAUUCUAUUCGGUGAGUCGCAAAGUAAGGCUUGUAAUAUUGGGAUUACUUGUGGGGAACCAGUGAGAAGGUACAGUGAGAAAUUAUGAAAUCUUUAAAGAAAUUUUAUCAUACAGCUUUAAUCUUUGAAUUCUUACCUCUAUCGUAGAUAAAACAAAUUUCUAGAAAUUAGAAUUCGGCGCCCCUAUGGCCGGCCCUGAUAAAAAAGCCUACCCAUGCUAGCAGCUCAAUAGAAAUUGACUCGCUCCUGACACCAGAGCAUGGCACUUCGUGUCUCAGCUGUUGUUGCUCUCGUGGCGGCCUUUUUGGCCAACGCCGCACAGGGUGAAGAUUGUUCUUUGCCUUUCUGUCAGGAAUUUGACGGCCAUCAAGUCCGGUGCGAAAACCCCUCUAUGGGUCAGUACUUUCCCCAUCCCACCGAUUGCCACCAGUACAUACGAUGCAGCUUCUCAGGGAUGUUCGUAAUGGCUUGCCCUCCUGGAACGGCCUGGGACCAAGACCUCAGGACCUGCGCUCACGAGGCCACCGUCGCCUCCUGCAAGAAGGUCCCUGACAUCUGCGACUGUGACUGCUGCUUCCGCGCCGACCCCGAUGACGUCGCUGGCUUCGUCUACUGUUACACAAGUGCAGGAGGUGCAAAAGCCACGCCCUACAAGCUUCGUUGUCCAGAAGGUCGAAAAUGGGAUGAUUCUACGGUGUCAUGUGUGUAAGAUCCGAUUGCUCGUGAAUGUAGAAAGACUCGGUCACGUUCUUUAAGUGUAAACAGAAUGAAAACAGACUUGUUGUAAAGGAAGAAACACGUAAGCCAAAUAAAGUUCUCACAAGACCGAAACCUCAAAGAGAAAAAACCUAAAGCGAAAUCUCCCAAAGGAAGAACAGCGUCGCCAGCCACACGACCGAAGACGAAGGGAACUAUCGGAGAUUGAUUAAACCAUCUCGCGUUCUUUCAGCGGGACUCACACAUAAGCUUCCGAUCAACGCCGGUGCGGACUUAUUUCAGGGCCGUUCGGAUUUCGUGUCUCUCCCUGUGAAGUACUCCAUGAAUGAAAUGUUGGCGAAGACUUCUUUGAUUGCUGGGGAGAAAAGGAAUGAAACAUUUCGUUAUUUGUAAGACGGGUUUUGCUAUCAUUAAAAUAUGACUUGCAACGUGGAUGACGUCAGUUAAUUUUACUUCUAGCGAACAUUUACAGUUCUAAUAGUUGAUAAAAGCAUCGUAUCAAAGUGAA